ACAGAAAGAAGAAUUCCUUGAUGUUACCUCUUCUUGAUCCUUUUCUAAAGACUGCGACGCAGAUGCUGGGACAAAAGGUGACUAAUGGAUUUUUGUAUAAAAGCUUUAAGAACUCGAGCACGAUGAUAUCGAAUCUGAUAGGGCCAAAAGAGCAAAUGGCGUUCAUGAACCACCCUGUUAGCAACUUUUACUACAUUGUCUCGGGUAUACCUCAGAGCACUACAUUUACAUCAAUGACAAACAAUGACAAAUUGAUGGUUGUGGUAACAAUGGAGAAAGGAUUUAUUGAUUCAGAACUUUUCACUUCUUGUAUGGAUGAAGCCUUUGAAAACAUUUUCCAAGCAGCUUUCGGAGAUAAUCAAGACGAGGACCACAAUGAAAUCAAGAAGAAAUCCGACUAGAUGAAAUCCUCUCGUAUCAUUCUAAACGCACGGAAUUUAAAAUCGCUAGCUUCAACUAUUUCUUGCUCGGACA